AUGCAAGUAGCUGAGAUCCUCUCCGAUCUGACAUCCCUACGCGUCUGUGACCACCAUGACGCCCUCGCGCUCGUUACUGUUAAUGAGAGAAUACCCCAUAUUACAGCGCAACUAGGACUCAAAGCAACGAGCACAAGCCAAGCAAGCUCUGGAGCAGAUUUGAGUCGCUACGAAAACGAGGACCUCAGUCGCGCAAAGGAGCUCGUCGACGUGCACUACGAGUUCAAGGCCCGUCAUGCAUUAGGCACGGUUGAUGAGGAGCUUGCGCGUGCAAGGGAAGAACUACCUGGCUUUGACGUUAUUUUGUUGUUUGCGAAUUCUACCUUUCAUGCAUCUGGACGUUUUAUUUGGGCUGGCGUUAUCGGUGAAGGGCUUGUUUCAAAGGUGCUGUGA